CCAAGCGCUCUCUUCGCCUCCACAGAUAGCAACGAAAACGCUUCGGUGAUUCCUCCCUGGCCUACCACGAAAAAGCCUGAGGUGCUUCCCUAGAUCGGGCGUCACCAGACGAAGGCCGAGCGCCCAUGUGCCGGCGGUCCCUCCUCCCGGGGCUGGAGGGGAGGGCUCAGGGGCGGCUCCGUGGGCGGAGAAGCGCUGGGCGCUGGCUGGGGUGCCUGCCUGCCUGGCCAGUCUUUCUACUUCUUGGUUGCGCGUCCCAACUCCAGGCAGGCAGGAGGAGUCGGAGGCUACGGCGCAAUAGCAGGCGGCGGCGGCGGCGGCUAUCCGAGGAAUGCGCUGAAGAUGGCGGCCGUCCGGAGAGCGCCCAAGAGCGGGCUGCUGGAACUGAGAGCGCCGGGCGAGCAGUGGCUGCGGGUCCUGGUCACUCUUUCGGAGGACUUCUUGAGCGUCAGCCCCAGCAAAGGUGCUGACGAGCCUCUGCAGCCGCCGCCCAGCCCAGUGCAGCUGAAUGGCGGCGAGCCGUGCGCCCUGGUCCCGGACUCGCUCACCAACAUCAAGCGCACGGUGCGGAUCGUCAAGCAGGACGUCGGGGGGCUCGGCAUCAGCAUCAAAGGUGGUCGAGAGAAUAAAAUGCCCAUCCUGAUAUCCAAGAUUUUUAAGGGGCUGGCUGCAGAUCAGACUGAGGCGCUGUUUGUAGGAGAUGCCAUCCUUUCUGUCAACGGUGCUGACCUGUCUGAUGCUACACAUGAUGAGGCAGUGCAGGCCCUGAAGAAGACUGGCAAGGAAGUGGUUUUGGAAGUCAAAUACAUGAAGGAGAUCUCACCCUACUUUAAAAAUUCCUCAACUGGUGCAACUGUAAGUUGGGACUCAUCACCGGCCUUUCAGAAGCAAGCCUCCCCUGCCCUUUCCCUACGGGACCUCAAGGAGGGCAAGAAUGUCCCCUUAAAGAUGUGUUACAUAUCAAGGAAAUGUCUUCCCAAUGAUCCAGAAAACAGGUACCUCGAAGUGUGCUCAGCGGAUGGACGGAUUCCCUUGUUUCUUCGAGCAAAAGAUGAAGUCUCUGCCCAGGCAUGGUUCAAUGCCAUUCACAGCAACAUCAGCGCCCUGUUGCCAAGAGCCAAAGAGGAGCUGAGGGCCUUGCAGGCUGGAGUUGACAUUGCAGGCAGCAGAGACAUCAAGCACACUGGCUGGCUCACUGAGCAGCUCCCUGGCGAUGGGACGAAGAACAUCCUUGCCCUCCUCACAGAAAAGGAGCUUCUCUUCUACAGCAACCUCCCACAAAGCAGGGAUGCCCUCAAUAAGCCAUUGCACAGCUUCCCUCUCAUCGCCACCAGGCUUGUGCACUCUGGCCCAUCCAAGGGCUCUCUUCUCUAUGACUCAGAACUCUCGUUUGCUUUGCGGACUGGAACCAAGAAAGGCGUGGAGACACACCUGUUCAGCGUGGAGACGCCCCGGGACCUGGCCACGUGGACGAGGAUGCUGGUGGACGGCUGCCACAAUGCAGCUGAGUGCAUCCAAGAAGUGUCAACAGCCUGUACGUGGAAUGGGCGAGACUGCACACUGUCCAUCCACAUCAACAAGGGCUUCACCAUCUCCACCCUGGAGCCAGGCCUCCCGAAAGUCAUUCUGCUGCAGCAGCCUUUCGAACGACUGCAGAUGUCCUCUGACGAUGGGGCCAAGAUGCUUUAUUUGGACUUUGGCAGCUCAGAAGGAGAGAUUCAACUGGAUCUUCAUUCCUGCCCCAAAACCAUUGUCUUCAUCAUCCACUCAUUCCUCUCUGCCAAAGUGACUCGGCUGGGGUUGCUGGCAUAGGGACAAGGAGAGAGCCCAAGACUUCACGUGAUCUAUGCACUACAGCUAAUCCUUCAUGGCCAAAGCAAGUUUUUAAAAUGCCAUUAUCGACUGGAGCAAGGACAGCUGCUGAAAUGCAUCCACAGCCAAAAGGAAGCCAUUAGACUUUGAGGACAAUGGAUAGAAACACAGGGCAGGGGUGGGGGCGACUGCCUAGGCAUGCCACCUGAAGGAUUGGACAACCCAUGCAAUAAGAUUUCUGUAUAAAGUUGCCUGACACCACAUGAUGUUCCUAAAGGCAUAACGGACUUGGAAACGGAGACAGCUGAAGAUGUCACACCAACCCAGUUCUGCCAUCCCAUUAGUGCCUUGAAGAUGAUAUUUUAUAUAUGGAAAAUCUGUUUGUAUCAAGGUUUUAUAUUUAUAUAGCUCAAUUCAUCAACUUGAAAGAUGUGCUGACCCGCUGGUUUUUGUUCCACAUUUUAUGCACCAUUUUAGGCAAUCCUAUGCACUCUUACUUGGGAGUAGCCCCCAUUGAACACAGUAGAUACUCCUUUCAAGUAAAUAUGCAUAGGUUUGAACUGAAAUUGUGGUAAAUCGAGCCAGAUCCCUUUAUUCUCCAUAAUGCAUAAGGUUUGGGAAAAUGGAAAGCCAUUUGUCUUACAUGGAACAGGCAAGAGCUAAAAGUGGCUAAAUGGAUUAGCCAGUUUUUCCAAACUUUGUAGAUAGUUACAGAAGCCAUAAUUUGUAAAAGGCACUUGAUUGAAAAAGAUCAGGAAAAAUGAUUGGGGGGCAGGGUUAACACUAGGCCCCUCCAUUUAAUUUCUUAGGUAUAGCUUAUUAAAAAAUUUCUGGAGCAGGGGAAACAAUUAGUUUUAUGAGCUAAAAAUUUAUGCAUGAAAUCAUUAUUAUUUUGUUUUCCUUUUUGUGAAAUAAACACAAGUUACUAAA